GAUUGCAACAAAAUAACUUCAAUUCCAAAACAACCAUUUCGUUCCGGUAUCUUUCAUUAAACCAUCAAGAUUGUCCUGCAGGUGCUUCACUUUUUUAAGGAUAGUGUGAAGUUAAACUUUAAUUAGGAUAAUGUCUUCUAAAACAAACAGAAAGUUUUCGAGUCAAAUUGGGAAAGCCGUAUGCUUUCUCAAAGGAUGCGAACUCCAUGAUACACCGCAUCCGCUUCGAAUUUAUUUCAAUAUGAAUUUCGGUGACCUACCGCACUGGUGGCGUAGUGCUACUGGGAAGAAUCCUCCAGAAGAUGCCAGGAUCUGCGAAUUACAUUUCGAGGAACGAUUCAUCGAUCGAGCUCGCAAGAUUCCUCGAUUGCUGGUUGGUACCAUUCCCACUCUUAAUCUACCGAGCUUAGAGGAAACUUCGGGAGAUUUUGAUCAGAACGACAUGGUGGAAGUCAUUGAUGAUCUCAAUCAAUAUAUUUGUCGGUUUUGUGCGACAAAAUAUGAAAGUCCCUUAGAAACUACUUUGAAUGAGCUAAUCGACACGAUGCAAGAGGUCGUUAAUAGCUGUUUAGGCAAAUACGUAUCACACACAAUACUUCCAGAGAAAAUUUGCGAAGAAUGUGUGACGAAAAUAACCAUAUUCGAUAGCUUUAUCAAACAAUGUGCGGAAUCUCAACAGCAGCUUCUGGCAGAUGAGGAAUCUUUUACGAUGAAUGAGAAAGAAAAUACGGAAUCUCUAAAGGAACACGGUUAUAGUACAAUUGUGACCGAUCAGGAAGAAGUGGUUUACUCUUGUUCCGAAUGCAGCGAAACUUUUCCUAAUCUCGGUAACUAUUACAGUCACGUGAGAAGCCAUACCGAAGAAUCAGAUCGAGCUCAUGAUUGCGAAAUUUGCGGACAAAACUUUGAAACGGUUGAAAUGCUUAGCUCUCAUCUUGUGACCUCCCAUGGCGGGCAAACGAUUGCUGUGGGUACUACUAUCACUGCUACUGUGGUAGACGAAACCUUGCGGAAACAGAGUCCUCAGACAAGUCAUUGUCGCUGGAAAGUAAAACGACAGCACCCAGUAGCAAGUCCGGAUAAAAUUUUGAACGCAACCGUACUCAAAUGUACCCAAUGCAGUGAAAAGUUUCCUUCGCCAGAAAAACUCAAACAACACUUGGCAAAACAUCAGGACACCAAAGAAAGAUUCGAUUGUAAUUUUUGCGGGCGAAUAUUCAAAUACAAGUCCCAUCUGCAGUUACAUAGUAAACGUGCGCACAAGUACGAUUCUAUUGCCCUGAAGCCUGGGAGAGAAAGAGAAGGAGCAAGCGUCAGGAGGCCGAUCAUGACCAAGCAAUGCUGCGUUCCUGGCUGUGAGGCCACCAGCUUAGAUUUCGCUACCUUUCUGUUUGGCUUUCCUGAGGCCAAGGACCAGCAACGACAGUGGUUGGAGGUGCUGGGAUGUGCUUAUGAACCCACGGACGACAAGAACUUUGUAUGUUGGAGUCACUUUCAGGAUGGUGACAUUCAGCGAGACAAUAGCGGUGGAGUCAGCUUCAGCAGGAAAAACACUGCGGUGCCUUGCCGUUUUCUGGGACCCGCGGGCGUUGCAACAUCGAGGAAAGAAUUGAAUCAACAAGUUCGCUGCAGAUUAUGUGCGAAGGUACUGGAAAAACAGAUGUUGGGAAACGAUUUGAACGAAAUGAACCGAUCACAGGAUUCCAAAUAUUUGAUGGAGAUGUUGACGGUGGAUGGCACUGGAAUAUUUUCGACAGUUGCAUGUGAUGAAUGUUUCGGAUUUGUGCAGCUUAUGAUGCGGUUCAUUAGGAAUUGUCGGAAAGCUACCGAACAGUUAAAUAAACUAAAAGAGCGAUGUCUAUCCGUUUCUGACGACGGUAUGAAGACGGAGAUUAAAGAGGAAUUUGAAGAAUAUGGAGCAAUCAGCGUGGAACCGGUAAUCAAAGUGGAAGACAAUGUUCUGACAAGCGAUGUAGAAAGCGACAGAGAUGACGAAAUUCUGCCUGACAACGAUAGUGAUGAUGAGGACGACGACGACAUUCCUUUGGCACGGCAGUUCGAAAAUCGUCAGAAAACCGUUGAAACUGACUACAAAUGCAAGCAUUGUUCUUUCGUUUGUAAGUCCGAAAUACAACUCAACCAUCACACCAAACGACAUUCAACAUCUAAGAACAUUUUAACAUGCACAGAGUGUUCCUAUACCUGUGAUACGGUUAGGCAGUUAGGAAGUCACUUAAAAAAGCACAAAUCUGAAAAGAAAAACACUCUUGCAUCGAAAAAAGGUAAUCAUGAACAGCAACAAGAUAAUCAAGGCAAAGGAAAUGACGCGAAAGAAGAAGUUACCGAUACUAAAUUGAAUUGCCCGGAAUGUCCUUAUGUUUGUAAGAAAGCCAAUCAACUUGCAAGUCACAAGAAGAAACAUCUUAAUAGAAAAAAAUCGAAGGAAUCUGAAUCCAAGAAAGGCUACACCAUGGUUGAUAACUUGUUUCAGUGUGAAUUCUGUGAAUUUACUUGCGAAAAUAGUCGUCAAAUGGCCGGUCAUAGAGCGUCACAUUCGGACAAGAUUAAAAGCUCUAAACCCUCGGGCAAAGAGCGGGACCAUAUGUGCUCGAUUUGUGGUAAAAUCCUGUCUACGAGAGGUUCGUUUUUUGUGCAUAUGAAGUACCACAAUGAUCAGAAAGAUUUUUGCUGCAAAAUAUGUGACAAAAAGUUUUACACCAAACGUGAGAUGACGAUGCACAUGGAUUCGGUCCAUGAGAAGAAAAUUUUUAAAUGCGAAAUUUGUGGAGUAGAGUGCCGGUGGCAAAAUGCGUUGUAUAAACACAUGCGAAAGCAUGAUCAAAAUUCGUUUAAACACGAAUGCGGUUAUUGCGGGAAGCGAUUUAUAGCGCCAAACGAGCUGCGGCUACAUGUGUGGCGCCACACCGGCCAACAAGUCACGUGUGAUAUUUGUGGUGCAGGUUACAGGUUCAACUUUCUGCUGACUCAGCAUAAAAUUCGAGUUCAUGGAAUACAGGUGGAAGGAGUUAAAUUGUACAAGCGUUUCCAGAAAGAAAAGUCCAGCGGCAGCGCGAAAUCUCCUAAAGGGAAAUCUAAAGGCUCUACUGCAUCUUUUUGUGUUGAAUCGACAGCAGAGCAAAAUCAUCAUCAGCAAGGAGAAGCCUCGAAUUCAUCAUACUCGUCGACGGAGCAGAGUGGCUCUGGUGUGUCAGUUGAUUAUCCACAUAAUCUAACUUUACACAGUCAGCAGCUUAAUAUAGCAAAUUCCCAGCAGCAACAGCUAGGCUCACUUCCAAUUGUUGCCUCCAGUAUUCCGUUAUCGUUCAAUCAACUCAGUGGAGCUCCUGCUAGUCAGCAGUUACCACCUGCAGAUCUCACAGUUGCACCGACGAAUCUCUUCGCCCAAGUAGAACAUUACUAAGCAUAUAUCGGGAGUGAAUAAACCAAAAAUUCUUAAAUCUCGAACAAAGUAAGCAUUAAUUCUGUACCAAUGAAGUUCGUGAGUACAAUCUGAAGAUCACAUUUCAUUUCCUAAAAUUGUUGGAAUACAGAUUCCAUUAUAGAAAUGUUCUGUUUCGUUGACUUCCGUUAACUACUCCAAGCCAUGAGCAGAUUGCUAUUGUUAUCGCGACUAAACUUCAGGCAAAUGCUGAAAUUAAAGAGGCUUUUAAUUGGGAAACCGAAAAAUUUAAUUAGUUCGGAUAUUAAGUCGGUAAAUAAUCACAACCUUAAUUAAUUAGUUUUAUCUGAAAAUUUAUUACUUGUUUGGAGCAUGAUCUUGCAUGAAGAAAGUUUGCGAAAGAAGGUUCAUACAAAUGCGAGAGCUGAUCAAAUGGCACUCGUUGAGUCGCUAUAGUGUUUCAUGGCCUCAACGAUACGAUACUUUUUCCAAAUUUCCUGAUCCAAAUUUAGUAUUAAAAUAUUUUUUAGUUUGACUUAUGACAAUUCCAAUUGAGGCUCUUAGGAUCAGAGUGGUGCA